GGCGUCCACACAUUUCUACCCAUAUACAGUAAUACAACUCUCAUUCGCGGCCUGCGAAAUUCUAGGGUUAGGGUUUUACCUCCUGUUCAUUGUCUCCGUCUCUUCUUCCCAGGACUACCUAGGUUUUCCCCUCAAGCGGUGUCAAUGGCGACGGCGGGGGGCCUGGAGGAGUCGCGGCGAAGCCGGCGAUGAGGAAGCCGGUGUUCACGAAGGUGAUCAGCUCAAGCCCGGCACGAGCGGCCACACGCUCACGGUGAAGGUGGUGAGCUCGGAGACGGUCCUCCACAGGGGCCGCGCCGUCCCCUCCUCCGCCAACCUCCGCCGCACCCGGAUCGCCGAGCGCCUCGUCGGCGACGAGACCGGGACCAUCGUCUUCACCGCGCGGAACGAGCAGGAGAGAGAGAGAGAGAGAAGGAUGGGGGAUUGGGCAUCAAUGCAUAAGUUGUGGGAGAAGUGGGCGUCCAACAACAUCGGCUCUUCCGGUGAGCCGCUCAAGGCCGCUUUGUUGCUCAACUAUGAUCCCACCGGCCCCUCUCGCCUCUUGUCCGUCAUAGCCGAGCAGGAGGGGAUAAAACUCAAAGCUGUUGACUUGCUACCGUUCCUAGACUUUGUCAAACGAAAAAAUUGGCAAAUGGAGUUCUUUUCUCUUGGCCCAAAUCAGUAUAUGGUCACCUCUAUACAUAAGCACUGGUUCUGCGCUCGCUGUGUCAAUACAUCAAAGCCUGGUGGGGAAGGAGUCAUUGUCAUGCAGACUGGCUCAUUCUUGUUAGUUGCAAUACAGCAAAAUGGAGAUUUCUUACCAUGGGGACCUAUGAUGAACCAAUAUGCAGGUAUGAAGGCUCUCUUGGUUCGGCUUCACAAGCAAUGGUUGCAGUUGACCACUUGGCAUGGCAGAUGAGCAGAAGAACUCACUAACCGCAGCUUAAAGCAGAAAAAGGGUAUUUUAGUUUUUGCCGCGUCUACUUUGCCCCCUUGUAAAAUAAAAAAAUGUUCACAAAGGGAAUACAGUGUGAACUGUAAUGACAAAAUGAUCAUUUUGCCUUUCACCAUUUUCGUCUC